UUUUGUGUAUACCUUUCUGAGAUCUCCCUUUAUCUGAUUGGUGCGGGGGUUUUGAAAUUCUCUCUAGGGUUUUGCGGGAGAAGAAGGUGAUGGAAACUCCGAUGCUCAGAUGUGGUGUUGUCGGCCCAGUGACCCGCUCACGAUCGAAAGCUGGAGAAGCGUUGUCAUCGUUGGUGGGGAAAAAACGUAAAAAUCGUGAGGUGGUAUGCUCUGGCGAGACGUCUAACAGUUCGUCAUCAGAUGAUCUUCUGAUGCAUUUACAGAUUGACGAAGAAUUCUCUCGCGAGUAUUGUUUCACCGACUGCGAGAAAUCAGACCUGCUGCUGCUGCAGGCAUACUCAGAUCUAAAGAAGAAAUACGUCGCUAAGGUAGCUUCCGUUCAAAAAAAGAACACCACCGCAAAGGUAGCUUCCGUUCAAACAAAGAAGAACGCAAAGGUAGCUUCAGUUCAAAAAAAGAAGAAAGCAAAGGGUGUCACUACAAAUUCUGAGGAGGAGGCGGUGGGCUUGACAUCAGAACAGCGGCAGGAAUACUCCCACAAGGAUUUCGAUUACCCUGAGUUUUAUCGUGGACCUUCUAGCGACCUACCUAUACACAUUAUUUUAGCUACAGAAUUCAAUCCAGAUUUACCGGCUAAUUUCUCCCGUCAGAUAAAAAACUCGGCCAAGGCUAUGGAUUAUUACAACAGUCGAUUUAACUCAAACUACGUCGAACCUUUUAAUCCCCUCCUGAUGACAACGCGGGAGGUUGGUGGUGGUUAUUUGGAUUUCGUUGUCAUAGACACCCAUAAAUCAGGUCGACAUGCCAAUGAGAUGUUCCAAGCUAUCCUGUAUACCUCUCCUGGUAAGGAACCCGAGGCCCUCAUGUGCAGACCUGAAUACAUGCCCCCUGGCACCAAGAAAGGUUACCGCCCCUUGAAAGUUGGUUGGUGACAUUUGACAACAAUGGCAGUAUGCUCUGGAAGGUCCAUUUUUAUGGUAUUUGUGUGGAGUGGAUCUCAACUUCUUAAUGUAUGGGAUUUCGAAUGCUUAUUAGCAGUAGUAUGUUUACUAUGUAGUGCAUGGUUCAUUGUAAGUGUUAUCUUUGUGGGGGUGAAUUGUAUCUGUCUGUCUGCUUUUGGAUGGUAACAAACUACUACUAUGAAAGACCCACUUAGCUUACAGUUUGGUUCAUUUGGACGGUAUGUGUGUGGAAUGGAUCACUUCUUUUUACUAAUGGAUUUUGAACGCUUAUUAGUGGU